AUGAUUGUAGAUGUCAUUGAUUCUUUUGACAAACCAACUGAUAUUGUGGCUGAAAUCUGCUGGAAUAAGUCAUAUAAAAUUAAACAGAAAAACAAUGAAUGGAUAUUAGAAUACUUUGGCAGCUGGGAUCAAAAACACGGUCUUGUUAAAUCAAUCAAGAUGCAAAUGUCUAUUGCGAUAAGGCGUAAAGAUUUGCGAGGUGAACCUAUCACGAUUUCCACAAUAAUAACUGAUAAUAGAACUAAAUCAGAAUUGUAUAAUAUGAGGAAUAUUCACAGAGAUACUUUGACCAAAUCAAGUUUUCGUCAGUAUAUGCCUAUUUAUGAUUUUAUAAAUGCAACUAAAGUGAUUAUGUACGCGGAUACAUGGGGCUAUUUAGUCAACGGCACAUUUAACGGUAUGGUGGGACAGAUGGCGCGGGGCGAAGCAGAGCUGGGAGGCACGUUAAUAUUUAUAACGCGGGAACGAUUGUCUGUAUUGAACUACAUGAACUACCCCGGCUCGUUGUCUGUAAAGUUUGUGUUCCGCGAGCCAGCUCUCUCCUACCAGCACAAUCUGUUCCUGCUUCCAUUCAAGCCAAUCGUCUGGUGUUGUAUCAUCGCUCUUGUGUUUAUUUUAAUAUUCAUUUUAUACAUCAAUGCAAGAUGGGAGUGUAUCAAAGCGCAAAACGAAGAUAUGUUGGACAAUUCAGUAUUAAAGCCGAACAUAAGCGACAUCGCCAUAUUGGUGAUGAGCGCAAUAUCGCAGCAAGGAAGUUCAACGGAACUCAAAGGCGCUUUGGGUCGCAGCGUUAUGUUCAUUCUAUUCUUGGCAUUCGUGUUUCUGUAUACGUCGUAUUCGGCAAGCAUCGUUGCGCUGCUGCAGUCCAGCUCGAGUGCUAUCCGAACCCUGUCGGAUCUUCUCGAUUCAAGAUUGGAGCUGGGUGCAGAGGACACGCCGUACAAUAGGCACUACUUCCCGGCAGCCACAGAGCCAGUUAAAAAAGCGAUUUUUCAAAAUAAGAUAGCACCCCGUGGAUCAAAACCUAACUUCAUGAAAUUAGAGGACGGCGUUCGCAAACUUCAGAAGGAGCCUUUUGCUUUUAAUAUGAACACUGGCAGAGGAUAUAGAUUGGUGGACCAAUAUUUUUAUGACCACGAGAAAUGUGGUCUUCAAGAAAUAUCCUAUUUCCCAAAUACUAAGCCUUGGCAAACUUGCCGUAAAGAUUCCCCUUAUAGGGAAAUUCUUAAAAUUGGAUCGCUCAGAAGUCAGGAGCAUGGACUCAACUUGCGUGUUAAUAAACAACUUUACUCAUCGAAGCCUACGUGUAACGUAAAAGGCGGUAACUUUGGGUCUGUUAAAAUGGUCGACUUUUACCCGGCCGUACUCACACUUAUCUACGGAAUGUUAUUAGCCAUUAUUAUUUUAAUUAUAGAAAUAUUAGUGAACCGAAAUAAGGCUAACAAAGUAUGUAGAUAA